AAUGCCUUUACUCGAGAGAUUACAAUUUACAUGUGCUAUUUGUCGGAUUGCGGCAUAUACGUUAUAUCGUCGAUUAUGCUGUAAGGGCAAUCCUAUUCCCAAGAGAGAAUUUAAUAUCACAUGCAUUGGCUUAGACAAUUCAGGAAAAAGUAGUUUAUUGACCUUACUAUGCGGUGAAGAUGAUAUAUCUGACAUAUCGCCAACUACGGGAUUCAAUAUCAGAUGCAUUCAAGUUAAGAAUUGCAUCUUAAACAUUAAAGAAAUUGGUGGUGGAGAGAAAGUUAGAGAAUUCUGGUCUCAUUAUUAUCAAGGAGCCGAAGGAGUGAUCUAUUUCGUUGAUAGUAGCGAAACUCAAGAAAAUUUGCUACUGUCAAGAGAAUAUUUAAGAAAGGCUUUGGAGAACAAUCAUCUAAACUCUUUACCUUGGCUGAUUAUGUGUAAUUGCCAAGACAAGCCUGGAGCAAAAUCAGUGGAAGAGAUCCAACAAAUAAUGGCUCUAGAUAAAUCGUGUCUGUUUGGAGCUUGCAGUAUUAAGAGUGUGCAGGAUGCGAGAGAAGCAUGCGAACGCCUUAUAGAAGAAAUGUACAGAAAUUCUUCGCCUGAAGAAACUGCUCUCAAUCAAGUUUAA